GUGGAUGGAUGACUGGAGUUUCCCUUGCGGUCUGAAGAUUAAUGGAAGGGGUCUGUUGAUCUUAGGAAUCGACUGAUCAGAUGGUCGGUCCCAGGAAACCAUUGCACUUGAUGCCUGGUUUGGAAACGAAUGGAAAGAAAUUCCUUUGAAAUAACCAGCAGCGGAGAAAACGGAAGACCUGUACACCACUUUUGUUAUCCAGGUCUCAAGUGAAAAGGCCUGCCUACACAGAGAUAGCACCUGGUUAGUUCAGGCCAGGAUACGACUGCGAGGGGCGCUAAAAGCUAACGCUAGCCUGCUCGUUAGAUAGACGGAAAUCAGCUUUCGACGAUCUGUCUAAUGGUCCGGACUGUGUUUUGGAUACACCAAGCCGUCUCUGGAAAUAAAUGGGAGCCGAGUGACAUCUUGCCUUACCGGUGCUCGCUUUGAAAUUGACGAGCUAACACCACAAAGCUAACAUCUGCUGGCCACCUCUGCUAGAGUUAGCUAGCGUGCUAGCCCAGCUAACCUAAAGCGUUAGUUAGUGUCAGCUGCAGACUUGGAUAUUCUCGCUUGGUUGGAGUUUUCCGAAGUCACUAAGGAGCGGUAUUAGAGGUGAUAUAUUUACAAACUGUAGUCAAUGAUGAUAGCUGUUAGCUAGUAGCUAGCUGUCAGCGUCAUUGAGCCCAGCGACUGCGUUAGCGGUGUAGCAUCACUCAACGACUUGUAAAGGAAAAGUCAGUCCGAGCCGAGGGACUCCACCAUCAGCCUGCCAUCAUGGGCAACACGCCCACCGCAAAGAAGGGCAAUGAGAUGGAGAGCGUGAAGGAGUUUCUUGCCAAAGCCAAAGAAGAUUUCCUGAAGAAAUGGGAGAAUCCAGCACAGCAAACUGCGGCAUUGGAUCACUUUGAGCGUUUGAAGACCUUAGGCACUGGUUCGUUUGGUCGAGUCAUGCUGGUGAAACACAAAGAGACGGGCCAGCAUUUUGCCAUGAAAAUACUUGACAAACAGAAGGUGGUGAAGCUGAAGCAGAUAGAACACACACUGAAUGAGAAACGUAUCCUGCAAGCCGUCAGCUUUCCCUUUCUGGUGCGACUGGAGCACUCUUUUAAGGACAACAGUAAUCUGUAUAUGAUAAUGGAGUAUGUACCCGGCGGCGAAAUGUUCUCACACUUAAGGAGAAUCGGUAGAUUCAGUGAACCACACGCCCGCUUCUACGCAGCCCAGAUUGUACUGACCUUUGAAUACCUUCACUCGCUGGAUCUCAUCUACAGAGAUCUUAAGCCCGAGAACCUGCUCAUCGACCAGCAAGGUUACAUACAGGUAACAGAUUUUGGAUUUGCAAAAAGGGUGAAGGGCCGAACCUGGACGCUUUGCGGGACCCCAGAGUAUCUGGCCCCAGAGAUCAUCCUCAGUAAGGGUUACAAUAAAGCAGUGGACUGGUGGGCUCUGGGAGUGCUGAUAUAUGAGAUGGCUGCUGGUUACCCCCCCUUCUUUGCCGACCAGCCUAUUCAGAUUUAUGAGAAGAUUGUAUCAGGGAAGGUUCGCUUUCCCUCCCACUUCAGCUCAGACCUGAAGGAUCUGUUGAGAAACUUGCUGCAGGUGGACCUGACCAAGCGCUUUGGCAACCUCAGGAAUGGAGUCAAUGAUAUCAAGGGCCACAAGUGGUUUGCCACCACUGAUUGGAUCGCCAUCUACCAGAGGAAGGUGGAGGCUCCCUUUAUUCCUAAGUGCAAAGGCCCCGGUGACACAAGCAACUUCGACGACUACGAUGAAGAGGAAAUCAGAGUCUCCUUCACAGAGAAGUGUGCAAAGGAGUUUGCUGAGUUCUAGAUUCCAACCAUGAGUAGCGGAGAGAGAGAGAGAGAGAGAGAGAGAAAAAGAGAGAGAAAGACAGGGAUUUAGAAAGAAAAAGGGGGUCGGAAGGAAGGAAGCGCUAGGGUGGACUGCUAACUUGCUUAUUUGUAAUGACGACAACAAUGUAACCCCCCCUCCCCCUCCCCCUCCCCAACGGAAAGGUAGGCAAAGUGAAGAAAGAUCCAACAGAACCAGCAGUGUUGCCUCUUCUGAUUGUUUCUCAACUGUUACCUAUUCAUUUUAUUUAUCCCUCCUGUGUUUGUGACAGGAGCUCGAGGAGAACAGGCAUAGGUUUUGGCUGUCCAGCUGUACUUGUAUCUUUCUGAUGGUGUAAUGACAUGUUUUCAGUCUUUGCAGGUUGAGGCAUUGAUUUUCUGCUAAGGUACUGAAUCUGCUAGGCUCCUUUUUUUUUUUUUUUUUUUUUGAGUGGGCCCUCUCUACAAGCUUCUCAAAGAGUGAUUGUUGUAUCUUGUCACCCUGGUUCUCCCUCCAUUUCUCCAUCCUGAAUCUGUCCAAGCAAUACCAAGUCCAACAGAUGUGCCUAUCAUAAUGCCAACUGGUUGGAAAACUGUGUCGAAAAGCAAUGGUGCAGAGCUUUGGCUAUUGUGGCAUCAGCCCUCGUGCCCGUUUGGUUUAAAGCUUGAAAUCUCUCUGCACCUGCCUUUGUCUGCUAAAUGUGGCAUGAUUAUUGGGUAGAUGAUGAUGCACUCACUGAAGCAGUGGUGAUCUCUUUGAUCAAAGUGAAAUGAUGUAUCACAGUAAACUUCAUCUAGGUCUUACUCCUUUUGGGGACCUGCGAGAAAUGGUAAACAUAAGGUUUGCAUUUAAGUCUGUCUUUCUCUUAGCUGAAUUUAUUAGAGCAUUUUAAGAAUCCUAUUGGUGAUCAUUUUGUCCUUAUAUGUCAAUCUCUGUGCUUGUGUGUUAUUUAGUGCUCAAGGGUGGGUUAAAAAGCUGUGAUUUAGCAGCAACUAACAUUGUGGUCACACUCCUGACUAUUGUUUAUUUAAUUCAUAGUACAUUUAUACAUGUAUAUUGAUUGAAAUCAUCUAUAUAUAUCUAUAUGUGUAUAUGUAUGUGUGUGUAUAUAUAUAUAUACAUAUAUAAAUAUAUAUAUAAUGAGAUAGAGAACAUGGAAAAUCCAUCUUUUUCAACAUUGUCUCAUAGCUGUGAAACUGAAAUUAAGAUUUCAUAAAUAAACAAAUAUAAAUUCUGCCAAAUUUGCAAACUGACAACAUUGCAAAGUUUUCUGUAUGUAACUAUGACGGUGGUGGAUUUUAAUACGCAAAAAAAGUAGCAAAACAAAAUGUGCAUGUUAUUUUUGUACAAUAUCACUUUUAAAGAAAGAUGGCAGAGCAUUAUGCUUUAUUUGUGCUGAGGUACAUGAGAUCAUGGAUAACAUACUUAACUAUUAAAAUGGAUUCUCGGCUGCUCUAUUUUGAAGAUCGAACAAAGACCCAGUUUAAUGUGUCAGAAAGUUCUUCUGGGCUUUGUUUAUUUUUCAGUUGUAGGGCAAAAGUUUCCUGAUAAUUGUCACUGAACUUGUGCUUCUCACCUUGGUAAUUGUUUUUUUUCCCCCUUCCCGUAUCUCUUGUAUAUACCGUACAUGUAACACCUUCAGACAGAUUUGCAGUCCAACCAAAUUUUUGGGACUGUUGAGAUUGGAGUGUUCUGUUUCCGUUUUCCAGCUUUCUAUGUAACAAAUUAAACUAAGGAAGCUAUCCUAAAGCUGUCCCCCUUUGCCAAGUUUAUUUCUGUGGAUGCAAGACAAUCGCAGACCAAAUCUUAUUGCUGGUUUGUUGACUGAACACUUGGUUUGAUGAAGGAUGUUUGCUUUUGCCCCAGCCCUGCCCUCCAUAGGCCCUAGGUGCUAGACUCUGUCCAUCUCACUGAAAAGCUUCUGUGAAUUGUUAGAUGUGCAUCAAUUUGUCAUAAAGUCUUGUAACAUGACAUUUUUGAGAAUGUUUUUCAACUCUUAAAUGAUUUCAGUAGGCUUGAGUAAUUAUUUUGGCUGUCUCCUAAUGUAAUUGAGAUCAAAAACACAGGAUAACUUUUGAAUGUCUUGAAUUGUCUGAUGGAGAUUGGAAACAUGAUGUGUAUUUUUUGUAAUACAUGUUUCUCUGGUGAGCUUGUUUUUUUCUUGCAUGUGGUGAAGCAACCCAACGGCAAGACAUCUCCUGGACCUGAAACAUGUUUGAGAAAUCAAUGUCUCCACAGCCGACAGUCUCAUGGCUGUUUAACCUUUGAUUUGUUUGAGCAUCACAUUGAACAAUGCAGUGGAUCACCAACCAUCUUGUCCAGUCUUUUGCAAAUACUGAAGCACAUGCCACAUCCUUUCAAAUCUCCUAUUUAAUUGAUUUGUGCUAAUUAUUUGAAACUUUUAAGACACUAUGUAAUGCUUUGACGAGAGCACAUGUAAUAUCUUCAUGUUCUGACAAAUGAUUAAAUCAGAGUUGGUGAAAGGCAACUCCAUUUGAUCCACUUCAGACACCGAGGCCAUCACUUUUUGAGAGAUAUUUUGUUUCCCAUACAAAACUUCUUGUCAAUUGUCUUCAAUUCUCUUCUAUCAGCUGAACACUAUCAACUGCUCUGUGCUACUUUUGAGUUUUAUUUCUGUGUUUGCCUUCUAUUUUCAUCAAGUUUCCACACACUCUUCAUUCAAACAUAACACUUUUUACAUCUGAGAUGUUUUGCGUUCAUAUUUUCUAAUUGUAUUUUCAAAAAAAAGGCAAAAAAAGCAAAAACAGAACAUUAAUCUUUUCCUCAUGACCUGGGUACAGUGAUUGUGUAGUCUAUUGUACCUUUUGGGAAACAAUACUGUAUAUCCUUGCCUUUGACAGUCUUAACUAUCUUACCCUCUGGAGAACUUGACAGAUACCCUUAGAACACAAUGAGUAUGUUAAAAAAAUAUACAUAAAGUAAUAUUUUGCAAAAUGUAUCAUUCCAAUAAACUUUUACUUGUUAAGACUAA